CAAAAAUACUAUGAUUGUGCGGAGGCAAGGUUUCCGUAACAGUGUAACCUUUUAUAUGACUACGAGGGGAUCCAAAAAUGUCGACCAGUUCAACUCUGAGCAACUAUUAUGUGGACUCUAUAAUGGGACACGAGGCGGAGGACGUGUACGGAGCGCGUUAUGUCCAGAGCCCGCACUCUGCGGUCGCUAGGCCGUCAGGUGUAGGGGAAAAUGCGGAUUUUUCCUCCUGUAGUUUUGCUCCCAAAACAACCGUGUUCCCCACGUCAUGGUCCUCGGUUCAUCCGCCGUCCACGGCCACGAUGUCCGGAAUUUACCAUCCGUAUGUGCACCAGUCCCAUAUCGCAUGUACAGAUAACAGAUACGUGCGUUCAUGGGUAGAUCCGAUCUCGAACCACAUCUCAUUUUCCGGCUUCCAUUCGACUAGUCGUCAGUGCGGGACAAAGGCGGAAACUUUACCGCCGAAAAGGACUGAGAGCUCUGCCUUCGUCUCUGACGCUCCGGCGGCCCCAGACUACAAUUGUAACACCUUGGCCGAGUGUGUACAGAAAGCUACCAAAGAUACCGCUGACAACGAUAUUUCCAACCAAAGUGAGCCCAAAGACGAGAAACAUCAACAACAACAACUUGACCCAAGCAACCCCGCAGCAAACUGGAUUCAUGCACGUUCAACGAGGAAGAAACGAUGUCCAUAUACAAAAUACCAAACACUAGAACUCGAAAAGGAAUUUCUUUAUAACAUGUAUUUGACGAGAGAUCGCCGUUACGAAGUUGCACGAAUUCUAAAUUUGACAGAAAGGCAGGUGAAGAUCUGGUUUCAGAACAGAAGAAUGAAAAUGAAGAAGAUGAACAGAGAGAGGGGUAGCCAGGAGCCUCAGUGAAUAACACUGUGGCCAGCGCGCCAAGCCAAGUGUUCUUUAUGUAUAUAUAUGUAAUAUGUUAAGUUUAGCUCAAUGUUGUUGGAGCCUUACUGGUUUAUGUUAUUUGUGUGUCUUUGUCAAAUAAUUUUAUGGAAAAACACAAGCUUACAUUCUGAUUAUUUUGGCUUGGACGUCUAGAGAGUCUUAAAAUAAUUACAAUUUGUUCAUUCUUGAAAUAAAAUGUUCAAACGGUUGUGCACGCAGGUAAAGUAGACACACUAGUUAUAUUAAAUGCUAUUUUGAUUGCCUGUGUUAGUGCACACUUAGAUUAAUAGUGUACACCACACUGACUGAGGAACAGUAUUCAUGGAGCAGUAAUAGGCAAGGCUAUUCUCCCUAGUUGCUGACACCCAAUAAGCAGUAUUAUUCAAACAGGAAUAUUUGGGUAUAGAAUUAAACAUAAAGACAACAUAGAGACUUACAUGUUGCCGGAUAUACCAUACAAAUAUCGUUAAAGAUUAGUUUAGAAGUUGUGAGAACAACAAGGUCGUACUAGGUAGUUAAAGUGCUGGCAAUGAAAAGAGAUUAAUUUAACACUACGAUGUAUAAUAAAUAUGCGUUUUAAUACAUAAUAACGCAUAUAUAUAUAUUUCCAUAUAUUAAACUUAUAAAAAGUCUCUGGAGCUUAUAUGGAAUUUAACAACGUAUACAUACAACGUAUGUGUCUCUCACAAAACGGAACUUAGAAGUAUUAUACAUGUCUAAAAUAUACUAGCAAAAUAAUUUUUAACAGUAUAGAAUUCUCCCUCUUGGGGGGCUAAGAUUGUGGACCAGACAAUACCGCUGAAGGUUUUUUGUUUGUUUAGUUUUUUUUUUUAUUUUUGAUUUGUUUUGUUUUUCCGAGAUAGAGAAAAUGUUUUCAACGAAAUAAACUCAGUUGGUGCUUGAACUGCA